AUGGAUGAGUCAUGUUUUUAUUCGGAUGUAAUGAACAACUUUGAUUUGUUCAGUGAACAUGACAUGUUCUCUGAUCUUGAACAAGAGUUAAAGCUGGAAAACUCAGUGGGGCCAAAACCCUUUUGGAACAAUCAUUCUUGUUCAAAUCUCAAUGAAGAAAGCACCACCCUUUAUAGCAACAAGGGCAAUUAUUCAUAUUUGGAAGAGAUCACAGGCUGUGAUAACACAAGUCUCAAACAACAUGAUUCUCCUCAAAAACCUCUCUUAGCAUCCUCCAUGUCUUACAUUCUAUCUUUUGAGGAUUCCACUGCAGUGCCAAAUAUUCCCAAGAAAACUUGCCUAUACCAUGGUGGUGAAAAUUCAAAGGAGAUCACAAAAGAAGAGCCAUGCAAUAGAAAAUCCAAAACGGGUAGAGGCCCUUCUCAAACACAAAAUCACAAAAUGGCUGAGAGAAAGAGGAGAGAAAAUCUCACAAAAAUGUUCAUGGCACUUUCAGCCAUUAUUCCCGGGUUGAAAAAGAUGGAUAAGGCUUCUAUUCUUAAUGAUGCAAUCGAUUAUGUGAAAUAUCUUAAGAAGCGUGUAAAGGAUUUGGAAGAUCAGAACAAAAACAAGAAUAGAAAGAUUGAAUCCAUAGUAUGCUUCAAAAGCAGCAAAUCCAUUAACUCCGAAGAUUACUUGUCUUGGACCUUUGAUGGCUUAGAUAAACCUAGCAAGAAAUUUGUCAAAGUUGAAGCAAGAAUCUUAGCAAAAGACGUAUUCAUCAGAGUUAUGUGUGAGAAACAAAAGGACACUAUACAUAAACUACUGGCCAAGCUUGAAGCCCAUAAUCUCUCCAUAGUUUAUAGCAAUGUUUUGCCGAUUGGGAAUUCCUUGCUGAACAUUACUAGCAUUGCUCAGAUGGACCAUAAGUUCAACAUGAAGAUGGACGAUCUUGUGAAACUUUUGAUUGAGGAUUUCUCAGAGUGCUGUAACUUGCAACAAUAA